AGGCAGUAUAUAUGCUACGUACAGGCAACCAUAAUGUGUUAAGUUCACUAGUAGUAAAGGCAUUUUGAAGACACAGCCAAUUAGCCAUGGAUCUGCACAGUGAGGAUAUUAAGUAUGAAGAGGAGUUUAUCGUGAACUCCCGGGGCAACAAGCUGUUCACUUGCGGAUGGACAUCGCGGAAUUUUCAGCCAAAAGCUUUGAUCUUUAUCUGCCAUGGUACUACUGCACUCUACCCCUAUCUCUGUUCAAGCAGUUCCCGGGCCAAAAUCAAACAUACUACUAUCGUUCUUGAUUUCUCUUCUGCAGGAAUUGCUGCGGAGUGCAGCAUAUCGAUGAGAGAUACCGCCGCUCGGUUGGUGCGGGUCGGAUACGCCGUCUACGGGAUAGAUCACGAGGGUCACGGCAGAUCAUCUGGCCGGAGGUGCUACAUACCAAAGUUCGGCGACGUCGUGGCAGACUGCUCCAAUUAUUUCAUGAGCAUCUGUGAGAAGCCGGAGAACAGGGGGAAGAAGAGGUUCCUGUACGGCAUCUCCAUGGGCGGAAGCGUGGCUCUUCUCCUCCACAGGAAGGCGCCGGACUACUGGGAUGGCGCUGUCUUGCUUGCUCCUAUGUGCAAGGUCUCUGAUGACAUGCGGCCUCACCCGAUCGUGGUGAGCGCUCUGACCAUGAUUUGCGCUGUCGCGCCUAGUUGGAGGAUCAUACCCAUACCUGACAUCAUCGACAAAGUCUGCAAAGAUCCAGAGAUGAGAAAGCAGGUUCGUUCCAAUCCGUAUAUAUACAGAGGAAAGCUUCCCUUGAAGACUUGUCAUGAACUCCUCAUGGUCAGCCUGGAUAUUGAGAAGAACUUGAGUCAGGUGACAAUGCCGUUCUUGGUCCUCCACGGUGGAGACGACAUCGUUACCGAUCCUUCAGUCAGCAAGCUGUUGUUCGAGAAAGCAUCAAGCAGGGACAAAACCUUCAAGCUCUACCCUGGGAUGUGGCAUGCGCUGACGGCUGAACUCCCUGACGAUGUUGAGCGCGUGUACUCUGACAUUAUCUCUUGGCUAGAGGAGAGGGCGAAUUGUACAGCUAAUGUUUCAGAAACGAGUGGCACGCCAAGUGUCUAAAAGCUGUUAAUUAGUGCGCAGAAUUACUUUUUGGGGGGUCUAUAUCUGAAACUACUUUUCUUAUUUUCUGGAACGCA